UUAUUAUUCCCCAGUCCAAUCACUAAUAAUAAUAAUUCAUGAUUAAGAUAAAAAAAAAUUGUAGACAACCUUUUUUCUCUACUUUCAUUUGGUUUUGAUUCUUGACACUUUUAACUAAUCAUGGAAGUUGAUCAAGUAGUAGUUUUAGAUGAAAACCCAAAUUGGCUUUUGGAUUAUGGUCUCAUGAUGGAUGUUAUUUCAGCUGAUCAUGCUCACUUCACUUGUCAACCACCACCACCACAGUCUGCAGUAGCAGUUGGUUUUACGUGGCCAUCAUCUGUCGUUACCUGCUCUGCUCCUGCUCUAAGUGGAGAGAUUGAAAGCUCAUUUAUCGAUUUUGAAGAGCCUAAGGAAGCAGGAUCACGAAAACGGUUGAAGUCUGAGACCAUCAACAUAUGCGGGUCCAAAGCUGGGCGUGAGAAAUUACGUAGAGAUAGGAUGAAUGAGAGGUUUUUGGAAUUGGGCUCAAUCCUGGAGCAUGGAAGACCACCAAAAACAGAUAAGACGGCUAUCCUGAGCGAUGCUAUUCGAAUGAUAACUCAGCUACAGACAGAAACCAAGAGGCUCAGCGAGUCAAAUGUUGAAUUGCAGGAAAAGAUCAAGGAAUUAAAGGCUGAGAAGAAUGAACUCCGAGAUGAAAAGCAGAGGCUUAAAGUCGAGAAGGACAAGCUGGAACAACAAAUGAAGUCUAUGAACUGUCAACCAAGUUGCCUGGCACUUCCCACUGCCAUGCGUUCUGCAUUUGCUGCACAAGAGCAAGCUGCUGGAAACAAGUUGAUGCCUUUUGUUGGGUACCCUGGUGUUGCAAUGUGGCAAUUCAUGCCUUCUUCUGUAGUCGACACAUCACAUGAUCACGUCCUUCGACCUCCAGUGGCAUAAUCACAUGACUCUUUUGGUGUGUUAUCUUGUCUUCCUCCUAAACUUUAUGCAUGAUACAUUCGGUUGUUCUUGAAUUGGUGGUGCUUGAAGGUGUUUGCUAAGUAAUAAUGCAUUUCAAAUGGACACAAUAAUUUGCAUUAUCUUCUUAUAUAUUGAUGUAAUAUAUCGAAUACUCUUUGGUUUGUCUGUUUGCAUAUUACUUUUUAUAUUCAGAUA